AUGCCCGUCCUCCGCGCGUGCUACCACGACGAUGUGCCCAAUCUCGUUGCCCUUGUGCACUCUCUGCGUGCAUCGCGCGCCCCGACCGCGCGCCCGCACCUCACCUGGCUCGUCGUCAACUAUGAGUACGACAUGACCAUGCUCCACCCUGGCGCAAGCGAGACUAUUGCGGCUGUUGUCUCGCUCUGCCUACCGUCGCCGCCUACCGCCCUCGUCACACCCGCGCUCCUCUCUUCCGCCCUCGCGCAGACGUACACCGCGACGUACCUCCCCGGCUCCGCACCCAACAUGACAGAGCAGGGCCAGAGCGGGACCAACGAAUGCAGCGACGACCCGGCCGCCAACACCACGAUGCCGGGUGCCAGAACGCGAGUCUUCGGGUUCGCUAACAAAUAA